GUCGCCCUUUAUCAUCUGCUCAGCGCUGCAGACACACGUGGCCUCAGAGGCAUCCAUGUCGCUGGGGACUACGAGCUGAUCCUGCGAGUACUUAAAACUCGAGCGCCACCAAAAGCAAGACGACUACAAAUGUGGUUUCUCAAGUGCAGACGUACCGCGGACAGAGUGCGAGUCGCGUCAUGG